AUGUAUUACUUCUCCCGCGGUGACUUUCGUGGCAAGCUGGUAGGUUGGUGCAGCGGGCACGUUUGUGUGGCCCCCCUCCUUCCUCCUGUUCCCCCCGGCUCUCAUGUACGCUACGCGUUCGAACCCGGUAGCUGUAAUCGAUACACACCUCUAACCGGCUACUUCAUCAUCACCUCCACCCGAGAGCACACCCUCGACACUCGAAAUGUUGCAAGCAGAGGGCAUCGAGAAGAACAGCCGAAGCGGAAGGAUCGACGAGGGGGAAGAUCAGGAAUGCAAAGAAAGUAG